CUUGUGUGUAUCUUCAUGUACCGAAACAACACACUAUGCGCAAUAAAAGGCUCUCAACAGCCUCACCCCCACCAUUCAUUCGUUACCUCUCCCUCUCCGUCUCACGACUUCUCUCCUUCUUUCUCUUUUUUUUUGCCCUAUCUGAUAGGGUUUCCAUGUCCUUGGAGCUUUACCGUUUUUCAUGCGUCGGUGUUUUCAAGUCUUAUACAGUAUCAUAGCAGUCUUUGCGUUCAUUGGGUCUCUCUUUUUUGCACUCUUUGGAGGGUUUUUUGGUGGCAAACGUGCGAAUUUCAACUCCCGCGGGUUUUUUGAGCUGUACCCAUGUCUAAGCUCUUUGGAUUCAGUGGAGAUACUGAUUUUUGCCCCGGGGGCCCUAUAUACACCAACCACAAGGAGUCUAGCCUCCUUUUGUCACUUGGUAGUCAUGUGGAUGUGUAUUUUCCUCCUCGCAAGAGGUCCCGCAUCAGUGCUCCAUAUGUUCUCUGUGGAGAGAGGUUUGAGCAAAAGAAGCAGCCUUCUAUCGAAGUUCUACCAGACGAAUGUCUUUUUGAAAUCUUCCGACGUUUGCCUGGAGGCCAGGAAAGGUGUACCAGUGCCUGUGUUUCUAAGCGCUGGCUUUCACUUGUAAGCAACAUCCGCCGGGAUGAAAUUUGCAGCAACAAAGAAACCCAGUCUUCAAAGGGUGAAGAUAUUGUCAGUGGCAAUGAAGUAAAGUAUGAGGUUGAAGAUCGGGAAGUUGAGGGUGAUGGAUACCUCACCAGAAUCCUAGAAGGAAAGAAGGCCACAGAUGUUAGACUUGCUGCCAUUGCUGUUGGAACUGAUAGUCGUGGAGGAUUGGGUAAGCUUAUAAUUAGGGGAAGCAAUUCUGUUUGCAAGGUGACGGAUGUGGGCCUCACGGCAAUUUCUCGUGGUUGCCCUUCUCUCAGGGUUCUUUCCUUGUGGAAUUUAUCUUCUGUAGGGGAUGAAGGUCUGUUUGAGAUCGCUAACGGUUGUCAAAUGCUGGAGAAGCUUGACCUUUGCCAUUGUCCUGCCAUCACCGACAAGGCCUUGCUUGCGAUUGCAAAGAGCUGCCCUAAUCUUACAGAUUUGACAAUUGAAUCUUGCCCAAACAUCGGUAAUGAAGGUUUGCAAGCUGUUGGCAAAGGUUGUUCCAAUCUCAAAUCCAUUUCUAUCAGAGAUUGCCUCCUUGUCGGGGAUCAAGGAAUUGCUGGUCUGUUAUCGUCUGCCACUUUUUUCCUGACAAAGGUGAAGCUUCAGGGGUUGAGCAUUUCUGAUGUGUCUCUUGCCGUUAUUAGUCACUACGGCAAGGCUGUAACCGAUCUUAUCCUAACUGGCCUGCCAAAUGUGACAGAGAGGGGAUUCUGGGUCUUGGGUAAUGGUCAAGGGUUGCAGAAGUUGAAGUCCUUCACUGUUACAUCCUGCCAAGGAGUGACAGAUAUAGGACUCAAAGCCAUUGGGAAAGGUUGCCCAAAUAUGAAACAUUUUUCCCUUUGUAAAUGUGCAUUCUUAUCCGACAAUGGACUGGUCUCAUUUGCCAAAGCUGUCAUGUCACUUGAAAGCCUUCAAUUGGAAGAAUGCCAUAGGAUCACCCAAAUUGGGUUUUUUGGUACACUUUUGACCUGUGGUUCCAAAUUGAAGGCUUUUUCUUUGGCGAACUGUUUUGGUAUUAAGGAUCAAAGUCUAGGAGUGCCUAAACUGUCCUGCAAAUCUCUGCAAUCGUUAGCCAUCAGGAACUGCCCUGGUUUUGGUGAUGCCAGCCUGAAUUUUUUGAGCAAGAUCUGCCCUCAACUGCAGCAUGUUGAAUUGAGUGGGCUCCAGGGAAUAACAGAUGCUGGGCUGCUCCCUCUUAUUGAGAACUCCGAUGCUGGUCUAGUGGAAGUUAAUGUCAGUGGAUGCCUGAAUUUGACUGACAAAGUGGUUUCAUCUAUGACAGAACUUCAUGGUUGGACUCUUGAAGUGCUAAAUCUAGAUGGAUGUAGGAAGAUCAGUGAUGCAAGCUUGGUGGCAAUUGCAGAGAACUGUGGAUUGCUUAAUGAUCUUGAUUUCUCCAAGUGUGCAAUUACUGAUUUUGGGAUUUCGGCCUUGGCUGGUUCGAACCAGCUCAAUCUUCAGUUCCUUUCCGUUUCUGGUUGUGCAUAUGUAUCAGACAAGAGCUUGCCUGCCUUCGGUAAAAUGGGUCAGACACUUUUGGGGUUGAAUCUCCAGCACUGCAAGGCAAUCAGCAGCCGCACAAUUGACUUCCUUGUGGAGCAGUUGUGGAGGUGUGAUAUCCUUUCUUAAGCUUGAAAAGGAUUCAUUUACCCCGGGUAUGAAAUGGGGUUCCGCUAUUUAGAAAGGAUCAGAAUUCUAGUCAGCUUAUGUGGUUAGCAGCAGUAUUUGCAGUUUUUGGGUCCAUCAGCUGUGGGUCUCGUCUCCAAUGCUCGGUUCCCUUUUCCAGGAAAUAUGGCCAUUCACAUUCAUUUUUUUGCAGGUUCCUACCUGUUCCAAGUCUUUUGUCUCCCGUCGAGGGAGUUCCAUUUUCUUGGCCAUAUACACCUGAGAAUACAGUUACCGUGUUCUGGCUCUAGGUCUUUCUACAAUUUGAUUGUCACUGUUCUUACACGACGUUGGGUGUUGGCACUUUUGUGUUUUAGCUAUGCCAUGGGCUUAAGCUUUUGUUUCGAGUCUGUCUGUUGUUUACCACGUCCGCGACGUGCUGGUUGGAUCUCUAAUUUCUAGAAAGGGUGGGGGGUGGUCGUUGUGGUUUUAUAGGUUGCUUUUUGGCAGUGCCUUGUAUUCCUGGGGCUUUGGUCUUGGCAGCAGAUUAUGCAGUCUGCCUUGACAACUCGUGAGUUGUUUUUUUCUUACCAAGCCCUAGUUUUGCAGACCUCACUGGUUCAUGAACUGUGUAUUUUGCAGCCUACUUAUCACCAUGUAAUGAAGUGGAUGGUCUACCCUUUGUGAUGUAUGGAUUUCCUCUUUAUGCAAUGAUUAUGCUAAAUAAGCUCACAUCCCUUUGUACU